AGGCGGCGGCGCAGCGCUCCAGCCAUGUCGCGCGGCCUCCAACUCCUUCUCCUGAGCUGCGCCUGUAGCCUGGCGCCCGCAAUGAGGGAGGUGAAGGUGGCUUGUUCCGAGGAUGUGGACUUGCCCUGCACCGCCCCCUGGAACCCGCUGGUUUCUUACGCUGUCUCCUGGGUCAAGCUCACGGAAGAUGGGGCGGAGAGGAUGGAGGCUCCCCAGGGAGAUCUCCACCUUAGGGAGCAGCAGCACCUUCAGAAGGGGCAAAAUGGCUCAGCUGACACUCCCAGGAAAAGACUCUAUUCUCUGAAGAUUCAAAACACGACUGCCUGCAACUCUGGGACAUACAGGUGCACUCUGUGGGAGCCAGAAGGACAGAGAAACCUGAGUGGCACAGUGAUCUUGAGAGUGACAGGAUGCGCCCUGAAACGCAGAGAAGUGAGUUUCAAGAAGUACAGAGCUGAGAUUGUGCUGCUGUUGGCACUGGUCAUUUUCUACCUAACACUCAUCAUUUUCACUUGCAAGUUUGCACGGCUACAGAGCAUUUUUCCAGAUUUUUCUAAACCUGGUGUGGAAAGAGCUUUUCUCCCAGUUGCCUCCCCAGAUAAGCCUUUGGGGCCAGUGACUUUUCACAAGACAGAAGUGGUAUGAGCAGGAUUUCUGCAGGUGGUUUUCUCUGAGGUCAAGGGCUCAGUGGUGCGUGUGUCUGUCACGCUGGACAAGAGAAGAAUGGGCCCUGUGCUAAAGAUGGCAGCCUUCCUGUGAGGCCCUUCACCUGGCUGGAAACGUCUGGAAGUGGAUCUCACCCUGCUUCUGCCAGCUGGGGCUUGAAAACUGUGACAUGAUCACCCAGCAUGGGGCCAUCACUACUUCUCUGUGACUACCUUUGUUGCAUUUUCUGCAGCUAUCUGGUCAACCUCUGGACACUUUUUCAGUCAUACAAAAGCUAUGGUGUGAUGCGGUUGGAAAAGGGUCUUGGGAAAUAUGAAUUCCCCUCAGUGGCCCUGUGACAGACUCCUGAUGACAGCUGUCCUCUUCCACAUCUGGGGAACAUCUCUUCGAAGAACUUUGCUGUGUUUUGUUGUACCAGCCCAGAUGGUUUACGUCUGGGAGAAAUUGACAGACGCAGCUGUGAGACAGUGGGAAAUGUUUAGCAAAUAAUUUCCCGGUGCGAAGGUCCUGCUAUCACUAAAGAGUAUUAUGUGUACAAAGAAAUAAUAGGUCAACGAACUGUCCCCCAGCAGGGUCUUUUGAUCUGGGAAAAACAUCCAUAAAGAAGCAAUAAAGAAGAGUGCCACAUCUAUUUUUGUAUCUAUGUGUACUUGUCAAAGGAGGGUUUGUGUUCUCCUCCUUUUGAAAUCUAUACUGAGAUGGAAGCAGCCUGACUAUGGAGAGGGCGAAGGAGUCAGAGAGGGUGACAGCAGGAUAGAGAGCCGAUUAGUGACCUGGCGGAAAUGCUGGGCCCACCGUGCAGUGUGGGUUCUAGCCCCAGUUAUCCACUUGACCUGAAGGAUCUGGGGCAAGCUUCGUACGGUGUCUGCUUUCUCAGUUGUAAAGCAGACGGCAGUCGUGUGGAUGGAUUAAAAUAACACACGAAGAUGCUUUUGAAAGUAUAAAGCACUAUGCAGAUUUGAGACUCUGUCGGCCGUUAUCCUGGCUAUGAUGAUGGUGGUCUGGGGCUGAGAGGAUGCUUUUCAUUUCUCAGGUGUUUCCAUCAUUCUAAACAAAGGAGGUUACAGAGAAGACUUUCCCAUUGUCUUCUUCUGUACGAAUUCCCGUGGGGAAGUGAGAAGGCCACUUCGGUGGUCUGUUCUUGGCGCACCAGCCAAAAGUACUUGAAGAUAUGGACACGUGGGAACCGCUGGCAGAAAUGACUCACAGAAUGUUGCACUGAUGUUUUGACAGCAAUUGUCCACUUUCUCUUAUACUUGGGCCCUUUCCUUACUGUCUUCCAAAGAGAUUGUAUUGCUUUCGUGGUGUGUGCACAGUAAAAGGGACACCAAGUCGA